GUAGAACCAUAUAUCACAACCCCAUUCAAAAAAUUAUCAAAUCUGCUGCAGCGGCAGCAUAUCAAAUUGAUGCUAAUCGCGGGGUUAUUUCGAGGUUGUUUAAAGUUUUGAAAGAGAAGAAAAAAGAAUGGUGCAGUGUCGAUUAUUCUAUUACUCAAAGUACUUUGGAGAAUGUAUUUUUGAG